GGCAGCAAGUUAGUGUGCGCGCAUUCGUUGGGCUGGCUGGUCUCCGGGGGGUGCAGGCGGAGAGGAUUGAAGGCCAAAAAUGCCGGUCCACUCGCGGGAGAAGAAGGAGAGCAACCACAAUGACAUGGAGGUGGAUUACCCCGAGAAUGAGGGCAGCAGCACGGAGGAGGAGGACACGGACAGCUCCAGCGGCAGUGAGGAGGGGGAUAGCUCCGAAAUGGACGAUGAGGAUUGUGAAAGACGCAGAAUGGAAUGUCUCGAUGAAAUGUCCAACCUGGAGAAACAGUUUACAGAUCUGAAAGAUCAGUUGUACAAAGAGAGGUUGAGCCAGGUGGAUGCCAAGCUGCAGGAAGUGAUAGCUGGUAAAGCUCCUGAGUAUCUGGAACCAUUGGCAACGUUACAGGAAAACAUGCAGAUUCGAACAAAAGUUGCAGGAAUAUACCGUGAACUGUGUUUGGAAUCUGUGAAGAACAAACAUGACUGUGAAAUCCAAGCUGCACGCCAGCAUUGUGAGAGUGAAAAACUUUUGCUCUACGACACGGUCCAGAGUGAACUAGAGGAGAAAAUCCGCAGGCUGGAAGAAGACCGUCACAGUAUAGAUAUCACGUCAGAGCUAUGGAAUGAUGAAUUGCAAUCUCGACGGAAGCGCAAAGACCCCUUCAGUCCUGAUAAAAAGAAAAAACCUGUUGUUGUCUCUGGUCCAUAUAUUGUUUACAUGUUACAAGACCUGGAUAUACUUGAAGACUGGACAACAAUAAGGAAGGCCAUGGCCACAUUAGGACCUCAUCGGGUAAAGUCAGAAGUGACUGUAAAACUGGAGAAACAUCAACAUAGUGCCAAAUCAGAAGAGGGUCGUCUACACUAUGAUGGGGAAUGGUACGGACGAGGACAAGCCAUCUCCAUUGACAAGAAGGAUGAAUACCCAACCAGUGCGAUCAUUACAACAAUAAACAGCGAAGAAGUUUGGUUUAAAAGACAAGAUGGCAGCAAGUCCAAACUAUAUAUUUCACAGCUUCAAAAAGGAAAAUACAGCAUAAAGCACAUCUGACUAUGUACCUUGUUUCAACUGCCACUUGUCAUUUCUGAACUGGCCUCUGGGACAAUCUGUGCCAUUCAAAGGAAUAUACAUAGAUAUCUUUCUAUAUAUAUAUAUUUAACUACCUGUGUUCUUGUAUUUGCAAAUAUUACCGAGCCUGUGCUUGUGAGUGUGUAUGUGUUGACUGUAUGUUAUUGUUUAUCAUAUUGUGCAUUCAAUUAAGAUAAUCAUCAGUGGAAAAUGUUAUAGAUGUAUUUGAGUUCAGUAUGGUAUCUGAAAUACAGCGUGACCUCAUUUAUUGCCAAAUCCUAUUAAGCUGUGCGAUUCUUCAAAAGGGAAUAUUGACUGUGGGAAACUUUAAAGCUUAUGUGGUUGGCCAACUUUAUACAGUAUUUACAAAUGGAUAUAGAAUGCUGGUAACUUAAUCAGACAAAGCUUUCUAAGCCGAAUCACCCACUGCGUGCAGCUCACACCUUUUUUAAGUAUUUAUAUGCAUGCAUAUAUCUGAAACCACUGCACAGAUUUAAGUGAUACGGUUGUAUAUGUGUAUGUGACAUUUUUUUUUUUUUUUUUGGCUUCCCUGCAUUACCUAGACACUUAUGACUCCUCUCUAAUUGUGAGUUCAUGUGCAGUUCCACAAGCUGUAAGUAGAAUUGCAGUAGCCUGUUCUAAUGAUUUUUCUUUUUCAAGUGUCUUUGCAGAAUUUAAUUUCAAGAUAUGUGACUUGUAAACAAAACAAAUCUGAUUUUAGUAGUGUGUGUUUUUUUUGUUUGGUUUGUUUAUUCCCCACCCACCCCCCUUAAAGUUGAUUUUUAGUUUUUCUUCUCCAAUCUCUUGGAGGAAAGGGACAGAGAAGACGGUAGGUGGUAAUCUGUCUGCCUAAUAGUAUUACAAAAGGAUGUAUGCUCUUAGGGCCCUGUAUUAAUGAAAAGAUAAUAUUGUUCUAGUUUGCUCUUUGUAUGCACCUAGCUGUCCUGUUUAAGCUAUACUUUGAAGGAAGUGCUAGCUUGGACCAAACUUGAUGUAUUCAGUCCUGUUUACCUUGAAUUAAUUCUAAAGAUAAAUGGUUACAUUUCAAAUAGCAGUUGAUCUGCCUAUUUUGGAACCGGCAGUCUU